AUGCCGCCGACCACAAGAAAGCGCGGCGCCCCGUCGUCAGAAGCUCCAGAAGCAACCCCUGCACCAGCUACCAAACGUCGCCGUGCAUCCCAGGCAUCCUCAACCAAGAGCCGUACAGACACACCUGCCAGACCACGCAACGUCCGCGCGACUGUUAUCGACGACGACGACGACGACCUCUUCGGCGAGAAGUCUGGCACAGCAGUUGCCCCAGAAGACGAUGAUAUCAUCGAUCUCGCCACCUCAGACGAGAUACCCGCGGCGGCGACGCGACCGCCAAAGGAAGACAGGAGGGUGAAGAUUGGUGCUUUUCAGUGCGCGAUCUGCAUGGACGACUGCACUGAUCUGACAGUAACGCACUGCGCAGGCCACCUGUUUUGUGCCGAGUGCCUACACUCUGCGCUCCACAUCGAAGCGACACGAAAUAAAUGUCCCAUCUGCCGUACAAAGAUCGAUAACAAGGAUCGAAAUGCAUAUAGCACCAAGACAAAGGGCUUUUGGCCGCUGGAGCUGAAACUCAUGACAGCUGCGGAUCUAAAGGGAAAGGGCAAGCAGAGGUAG